CCCGGCGCCGCGUUUGAAUUCGGGAGGAGCGGAGAGCGGAGCCACCCUGCGCGGACCUGCCUGCGCGGCCCUGCUCGGCGGCUCCGCGUCCCGGCGACAUGAGUGCGGCCGCGGCUGCGGGGAAGCUGGCGCGGGCGCCGGCCGAGCCCGGGAAGGUGGCGGCGCCCGGCGCCCCGGCGGCCGCCCCGCCGGCCAAGGAGAUCCCGGAGGUCCUGGUGGACCCGCGCAGCCGGCGGCGCUACCUGCGCGGCCGCUUCCUCGGGAAGGGCGGCUUCGCCAAGUGCUUCGAGAUCUCGGACGCCGACUCCAGGGAGGUGUUCGCGGGCAAGAUCGUGCCCAAGUCGCUGCUGCUCAAGCCGCACCAGAAGGAGAAGAUGUCCAUGGAGAUCUCCAUCCACCGCAGCCUCGCGCACCAGCACGUCGUGGGCUUCCACGGCUUCUUCGAGGACAACGACUUCGUGUUCGUGGUGCUGGAGCUCUGCCGCCGGCGGUCUCUGCUGGAGCUGCACAAGCGGCGGAAAGCCCUGACCGAGCCCGAGGCCCGCUACUACCUGCGCCAGAUCGUCCUUGGCUGCCAGUACCUGCACCGAAACAGGGUGAUUCACCGAGACCUCAAGCUGGGUAACCUCUUCCUGAACGAGGAUCUGGAGGUGAAAAUAGGGGAUUUUGGACUGGCAACCAAAGUCGAAUAUGAUGGGGAGCGGAAGAAGACUCUGUGUGGGACUCCUAAUUACAUAGCUCCCGAGGUGCUGAGCAAGAAAGGGCACAGUUUCGAGGUGGAUGUGUGGUCCAUUGGGUGCAUCAUGUAUACCUUGUUAGUGGGCAAACCUCCUUUUGAGACCUCGUGCCUGAAAGAGACCUACCUCCGGAUCAAGAAGAAUGAAUACAGUAUUCCCAAGCACAUAAAUCCUGUGGCCGCCUCCCUCAUCCAGAAGAUGCUACAGACAGACCCCACUGCCCGCCCAACCAUUCACGAGCUGCUCAACGAUGAGUUCUUUACUUCUGGCUACAUCCCUGCCCGACUCCCCAUUACCUGCCUCACCAUUCCACCCAGGUUUUCAAUUGCGCCCAGCAGUCUGGACCCCAGCAACCGGAAGCCUCUCACGGUCCUCAAUAAAGGCACGGAGAACCCCAUACCCGACCGUCCUCGGGAAAAAGAGGAACCUGUGGUCCGGGAGAACAACGAGGCUGUUGACUGCCACCUGGGCGACAUGCUGCAGCAGCUACACAGUGUCAACGCCUCCAAGCCCUCAGAGCGGGGGCUGGUAAGGCAAGAGGAGGCUGAGGAUCCCGCCUGCAUCCCCAUCUUCUGGGUCAGCAAGUGGGUGGACUAUUCAGACAAGUACGGCCUCGGUUAUCAGCUGUGUGACAACAGCGUGGGGGUUCUCUUCAACGACUCCACACGCCUCAUCCUCUACAAUGACGGGGACAGCCUGCAGUACAUAGAGCGCGAUGGCACCGAGUCCUACCUCACAGUCAGUGCCCACCCCAACUCCUUGAUGAAGAAGAUCACCCUCCUUAAGUAUUUCCGCAACUACAUGAGUGAACACUUGCUGAAGGCAGGUGCCAACAUCACGCCCCGGGAAGGCGAUGAGCUGGCCCGCCUGCCCUACCUGCGGACAUGGUUCCGCACCCGCAGCGCCAUCAUCCUGCACCUCAGUAACGGCUGCGUGCAGAUCAACUUCUUCCAGGACCACACCAAACUCAUCCUGUGCCCACUGAUGGCGGCCGUGACCUACAUUGAUGAGAAGCGGAACUUCCACACGUACCGCCUGAGCCUCCUGGAGGAGUUUGGCUGCUCCAAAGAGCUGGCCCACCGGCUCCGCUACGCCCGCACCAUGGUGGACAAGCUGCUGAGCUCACGCUCAGCCACCAACCGCCUCAAGGCCUCCUCGUAGCCCUCCCUGCCCUCUGGACUGGUGCCCCUCCUUACCCCCACAGUACCUUGGCCCAUCUGAUUAACUCCAAGGUGCUGCUUUUUGUCAUGGGCCCCUAGCCCUAGUGGCUGGGCGAGAGCCUCAUCGUCCCUGCAGGUGGGGGUUGCUGUAUAAGUUAUUUUUAUACAUGUUUGGUGUGGGUUCCACGGCCUCUUUCUCUCAACCCCACCAUAUGAAUUGUACAGAAUGUUGCUAUUGAAUCCGGGACUGUCCUUUCUUGCCUUUGCACACAUUAAACA